UCGCACUUUAUACUUCAUAGGUGCUGCUGCUGGUCCCACGACGUACUCCCAACCUCUGUUGGGAAAAUUAAAAAGACAAAAGAAUUUUUGUGGAGGAUUUUCGAGACAUGGGUGACACCAUGUCAAAAAGGUCUCUUGGGGGGUGUUCUUCCUGUUCUCUGCGUCUGCAAAUUAGCUUGUAAUUCUCCAAUGGCGCCCACGAGCGGUCUAAGAGCCUCUUCAACACCUCCGUGGAUACCUAGAUGGAGAUACGAUGUUUUCCUCAGCUUCCGCGGCGAAGACACUCGCAGGAGCUUUACGGACCAUCUACAUGCUGCUUUGGUAGGAGGGAACGGCAUUAUCACCUUUAGAGACGAUAAAAAACUCGAGCGAGGAAACGAUAUUUCUGAAGAGCUCUCGAAAGCAAUAGAAGAAUCCAUGUGUGCGGUCGUUGUUAUCUCAGAAAACUAUGCUUUCUCUAAAUGGUGCUUGAUUGAACUUGCAAAGAUUGUCGAAUGCAGGAGACAGACAGGACUGAAAGUUUUGCCCGUUUUCUACCACGUGCGUCCCACUGACGUCCAAUACCAGAAGGGGAGUUUUGCUAAUGCUUUUGCUCGGCAUAGAGAGGACCCCGAGGUUGACGAACAGGAGAUCAUAACGUGGGGAGCUGCUUUGAGAAAAGUGGCCAAUCUCGCCGGAUGGCAUAUCGAUGAUAAUUGUUACGAGUCAAAAAUUGUCAAAAAAAUCCUUCAAUGCAUAAAUAAUGAAUUGCAUAGUAGCGGUUCACUUGCUUCCAAGCUUGGUUUUGUUGGACUUGAAUCUCGUCUGGUGGAAGUUAUGAAGUUACUCGAUACUGGGGAGGGUGGUGUUUGCUUUAUAGGGAUUCAUGGGAUGGGUGGGGUGGGCAAGACCAAACUGGCAAACGUCAUUUAUCAUGUGGUUUAUCCUCAAUUUGAAUUUAGAUGCUUUCUUUGUUGUAAGAAAGAUUCAUCCACAAGGACCAGAUAUAGUCGUCCUCUGAAUGAUUUACGAAAGCAGCUUAUUUCUGACUUAUUCAAGGGAAAAGAAAUAAAUAUAUUGGAUGAUGGUGAUCUAAUCUCUGUGAUAAGACACCGAAAGGUUUUACUUGUUCUUGAUGAUGUGGAUAUAGAACAAAUACAAGCAUUAGCAUGGAGCCCUGAUUUGUUUGGUUGGGGGAGUAGAAUCAUUUUGACAAGCAGAGAUGUUCAUUUGUUGAAAAGGCAUGCGACUGCUAUCUAUGAGGUGAAGAUGUUGAAUGAUUAUGAAGCUUUGAAGCUCUUCAGUUGGCAUGCAUUCAAACAACCCUAUCCUAAAGAAAAUUAUAAGAGUCUGUCUUGGAAAUUUGUGACUUAUGCUCAAGGUCUUCCUUUAGCUCUUGAAGUUUUGGGUAGCUACUUGUUUCGUAGAAAACGAUAUGAAUGGAAAAGUUUCUUGGAUCGAAUACAAGUACGGCCUAUGGAAAUAAUCAUAGAUCAGUUACGAAGCAGUUUUGAUGGACUGGACGUUUUAGAAAGAGAUUUAUUUUUAGAUAUUGCGUGUUUCUUCCAAGGAUCAUACUUAGUUAGCAUAAUACAUAAACUAGAAAGUUUUGGUUACUUUCCAAACUCCACUAUCCCACAUCUUAGGGACAAAUCUCUUCUAGCCAUCUCAAGGGGCAGAUUGGUGAUGCAUGGUUUGAUAGAAAAAAUGGGUCAGCAAAUAGUUGAACAUGAAGACAAACAUAGUCCUGGUAACCGCAGUAGAUUGUGGCAUUGGAGGGAUGUCCUUUACGUAUUGCAGCAUAAUAAGGGAACUGAACGGGUUCAAGCCAUGGUCCUCGACUUCCCUAAUAAUAGGAAAAAGAAACAAUUGAGACUGGAUGCCUUCUCAAACAUGAAAAGAUUGAGAAUGCUUAAGAUUGGAAACAUUGGUUGUGUAGAAAAUGUUUCUGAACUUUUUGAUAAGUUAAGCACUCUGGUAUGGCAUGGAGAACUUUCAACAUUCGUGCUAUCAAAUGAAUUGCGCAUUUUGGAAUGGUGUGGAUGUCCUCUAAAAUCAUUGCCAACCAGUUUUGAGCCAGACAAGCUUGUUGAACUCAGCAUGCCUUUUAGCCCUAUCGAAAAAUUGUGGAAAGGAGUUCAGAGUUUGGAGGAUUUGAAAAUCAUUGACCUGCGUGGCUCUCAAAACUUGAUCGAGGCACCAGACUUCACCGGAGUCCCAAGUCUUGAGAGACUAGAGCUUGAAGGUUGUACAAGUUUGUCCAAGCUCCAUCCAUCUAUUGGAUUUCUUAAAUGUCUUAAACGAUUGAAUUUACGAAAUUGCAAACGUCUUAAAAGCCUUCCAGACUUGAUCAGCUUGGAAUCUCUUGAGUUUUUUGAUCUAUCUGGUUGCUCAAGACUCAAGACGUUUCCAGCUAUCCUAGGAAAUAUGACAUCUUUGUGGAUGCUUAAAUUGGACGGUACUGCUAUAGAACAAUUACCGUUACCAUUUGAGCGUUUAUCUGGUCUUGAAAUUCUGAGUUUAGAAAACUGCAAAAACCUUUCAUUUUUUCCCCGUGACAUUUCCUGUUUAUCAUCACUUGAGAUUGUAAACCUGAGCGGGAAUGAGUUUGCGAGAAUACCAGAUAGCAUUUGUCAGCUUUCCAAUCUUGAAUCACUUUACUUGAGAAAUUGUAUCAGGCUUCAAGCAUUGCCAAAGCUUCCAUUGAGUUUAACAUAUUUGUACGUUGAGAAUUGUCCAUUGCUGGAGAUGUUUUCGGACCAAAUAUACACGAGGGCUUUAAGUGAUAUAUUGGUGACCACCGAUUGCUCCAUAGCAGCAUUGUAUAUUGAUUAUGAUGGUGGCAGUCCCUGCAAUAUUUUACAAUUGGAUCUACGAACACAUUUACAGAAAGAAGGCUAUUGGAGAAGCUUUUUUGGUACCAAGGUAAUAUGUGGGUCGUGGUUGGGACCUGGAAUCCCAAAGUGGUUCAACAAUAAAAGUGCUAGUUCCUCUGUAAAACUUGAGAUGCAUCCAGAUUUGAAUGAUAACAGGGAGUGGAAGGGAUGUGCUGUGUUUGUUGUUUAUGAAGUCCAUAAGAGCACUGAUCCUACUCUUUGUCACUUUGUUUUUCAUUUUGAGACCGACGAAGGGCGUCUACAUAUACCCUUUGUCCUUCCUGUCCCUAAAUUCCCAUCUGUUGGGCCAACUGGAUUCUGGGUGUAUAUACCAGCUAAAUGGUUUUUGGAACAGUCGAAGAAAUUGGAUGGAUGGAGCUACAUUGAGGCUUUAAUUUUGACAGACAGCUCGGCUGUGGAGGUGAAAGAGUGUGGGAUGCGUGUUGUAUGCAGUCAGCAUGAUGCUUCGGAAUUCUACAACGCUUUGAAUAUUAUUGCUCAUGGUUUGGAUUUAGAGACUUAUCACCCUCCUUUAUAUCGUUUAUAAUUGAGGAACAUCCAUGGUAUGGAAGCUCGUAAAGUCAUCCUCUGAAGUUUCUGCUGGAAGUGCCCCAAGAGAUGAUCGGUGAAGUCGGCUCAAAAUUUGGUCUUCUUUUCUUAUCAUGCUUGAAUUUGAAUGCAUUUCAAAUUU